AGUUGACUGAUUCAACUUCAAGCAGCUUAAAGAAGUCAAGUGGGCAGAGGAUAUUUCAACAGUAUGGCGACUGCACAGCUGCAAAAGAACACUUUGGGCACAACUGUGUUUCCAAAUAAAGUCACCACAGAGAGUCAGUCUCUAGUCCUGGUGAAAAGGCUUCUGGCUGUGGCCGUGUCCUGCAUCACUUACCUCAGGGGGAUGUUUCCUGAGAAAGCCUACGGGAACAAAUACAUAGAAGAUCUCUGUGUUAAAAUCCUCAAAGAAGAUAAGAGCUGCCCGGGGUCGACGCAGAUUGUGAAAUGGAUGUUUGGGUGCUACGAUGCUCUGCAGAAGAAGUAUUUGCGUAUGGUUGCCCUGUCAGUAAGUACAUUUCUAAAAUAUAUUACAGCGUUUUUCUACUUUUCAUCCUACAGUAUUUCAGCAAUUUUCAAAAUAUUUAUUCAAUAUAAAAAUAUAUAUAUGUACAGUAUAUAUAUUUUAUUUCAGGUUUACACUGAUCCAGAAGACCCUCAGACUGUCACAGAGUGCUAUCAGUUUAAAUUCAAAUACACCAAGGAUGGACCCGUUAUGGAUUUUGAAAGCAGCAAUAAGAAAACAGACAGCAAAGUCUCGUGUGCGGACACAAGGAAAGCUAGCGUGCUUCUAGUGCGCAAGCUGUAUGUCCUGAUGCAGAACCUGGGCCCAUUACCAAGUGACAUCUUCCUGAACAUGAAACUCUUCUACUAUGACGAAGUGACUCCCUCAGACUACCAGCCCCCGGGGUUCAAGGAGGGAGACAGCGACAGCAUGAUGUUCGAGGGGGAACCAGUGCACCUGACCGUGGGGGAGGUAGCCACGCCUUUCCACAGCCUGAAGGUGAAGGUGACCACGGAGAGCGACCGCAUGGAGCAGGUGGACCAGGGGCUGAUGUGCACAGACAAGACCAAGCAGAGCCUGCAGCUGGACGACACAGAGGAGGGGGGAAUGCAGGACAGCAGCAUGAACAUCAUACAGGAAAGCACAAUGAAGGAGGCCAGGGCAGUGGAUGACAAUGUGAACAGCAUCGAAAGGGAGGACUCAGAAAUUGUGCUGACCUGUCAGGAGGCUAUGAAGACUGCUGAUGAAGGAUCCUGCCUGAGUGAUUCUCGUUCCCAGAUGGAUCAGCUGCUCAGCCAGACCUCAGACUUGACUGUGGCAGGCAGCAGAAGGACCAGGAGUGGGAGAGGAAUAGCGCCCUCUGUUGUGGACGGGGGAGAGCUGUGCAGGACAUCUCCCAAAACGGGCAGAAAGAGGGGACUGGCUGAGAGGAACAAGCCUGUUUCCCAGUUUGAGAUACCGUGCAGCCAGGAGGAUGUUCCAGCACCAAAGAGAAGGAAGUUUAGUGAACCCAAGGAACGCUUUUAAAGAGAGGAAUCGACAGGUUCCUUUUGUAGCACCGCGGCAAGGAGCUCCCAACUGUGAACUUAAUAUCCACACUGCAAACCGAGUGCUGUGUGGGGGUCAGUGGUGUAGGAACAGGAGACUGUGCGAUGGGAAAAGGAUUGACUAUCGAUAUACCGGACAGAGGCUUCCUGUAUUAAACGUGAGAAUACAGAAGGCAAUGCUUUUAAAAUGAAGCGAUCCCUUUAACGUUUUUUUACAGCUGUUUCUAAGCUGUGUAAAUGUAUACGCCGCAGUUCUGCGAAGUGGAUUUAGUGUUUGCUCCUGCUUUUUGAUUUGUGUUCGCAGUACUGCUGUUUGUUCCACAGCACUUAUCACAGGUUGUGCUUUUGAUGCUUUCCACAGCGGUUUUUAUUUUUUAUUUUAUUUACAGGUUAUAUUUUUGAAGUGCAGUCGUACGAUCACCUGUGCUUCAUAAAAUGUUAAAAGUGUGUUCACUUCUUUAGACUGGCUAGAGGCAGUUUUAUUUUAUUUUAUAGAAGUCUUUGCGAUAAACAUUGUACUUGUUUUUUUUUUUGUUUUUUUUUAAAAAAGACUUUUCAAAUGCAUUUCAUAUCAGGC